UGCUUGUUCUACCACGGCGGUGCGGUGGUGCUGCUGCUGGUGCUGCUGCUGCUGCUGCUGCUGCUGUUGCUGCCUUCGCCCUCCGUCUCGCGCGAGCUCGAGGACGCCGGGUGGUUGGGCGGAGAGGAUGGGGAGGGGGAGGGUGCAGUUGAAGCGGAUCGAGAACAAGAUCAACCGGCAGGUGACGUUCUCGAAGCGGCGGUCGGGGUUGCUCAAGAAGGCGCACGAGAUCUCAGUCCUCUGCGACGCUGAGGUCGCCGUCAUCAUCUUCUCCGCUAAGGGCAAGCUCUACGAGUACUCCACCGACUCCAGUAUGAAAAACAUUCUUGAACGUUACGAACAAUAUUGUUAUGCAGAAAAGGCACUUGUAUCAUCAGAACUUGAAUGCCAGGGUAAUUGGCAUCAAGAAUGUGUCAAACUUAAGGCUAAGUUUGAGGUUCUAAGUAAAAGUCAAAGGCAUCUCAUGGGAGAACAACUUGACUCCUUGACCCUUAAAGAACUCCAGCAACUGGAAAACCAACUAGACAAUUCUUUGAAGCAUAUUCGGUCAAGAAAGAAUCAAGUCAUGUCUGAUUCUAUUGCGGAGCUUGUGAGGAAGGAAAAGGCACUGCAGGAGCAAAACAAACAUCUAGAGAAGCAGAUCAUGGAGAAGCAGAAGGCAGUGGCUCUCACCCAGCAACUGCACUGGGAACAAGCCCAGACAAGAACCUCCUCUCCACCACCAGCCUUUUUCAUGACUGAUCAUACUAACCAUGGCUUAAAUAUUGGAUGCUAUCAAGGAAGGACAGCCAUGGAAGAAGCUGUGGGGGCUCAGGUUCAGAUCAACAGCAGCAUGCUACCACCAUGGAUGCUGACCCAUUUGAAUGGGUAGAGCAUGCCACCCUGCAAGCUGAUGAUGAUGAAGAUGAUCCCUCCUCUUCAGUUAAAGUAGUUGUACUUUAAGUAAAUUUUGAUGUGGGUCUGCCUUCUCUUGUUUUCUCUAAUAAAUAAACGCUCUUAUUUAAAUCUUGAUGUAUGAUGCACAUAUACAAUCAGGAUUUCUCAUCGUAUGCUAGUGUGUUGUCGCUUUAAUGUAAAUUAAAUGAUGUUUUAAUCAUCAAAGAGAUUU